AUGACUGGUCCCGCGCCUAAUACUUCCGUGACUGGUCCCGCCGGCUCAAAGAGUGGCAUCGACUUCUACAGCAUUGACUCGCCCGAGGGCCAGAAGAUCAGUCAAUCCGACUGACCGUUGCGGGGUGAGCGUUUUGGUCUUCGAGUCUGGAUUGGUCUUGGUAUAUCUCCCCAAAGCAUAUCAAGCUGCUCUACCAGAAGGACGGUGAACGUUUUGGUAACCUCGCACUUCUUUCAUCUCUAGCACCCUGACGCGUCCUAGGCACUGCAAGUUCAAGACGAGAAGGACGAGGCCGACGUGGUGAGCAACGUUCCUGUUUGCACUGACUCUAAGCGUCUUUAAUGAUUGACUGGUGAUGGAUCGUGAAAUUUCCCUUGAACAUUCAUUACAAAUCUCGUGUAUCUUCCUCCGGUAUGCCGGUUUCGGCCCUGUGCUCGAUCAGGCGUUCCACCUCCUCACCUUGUCGCCCGACAAGCUGCCCUACCCUGCGCGUCGCUUCAUCAACGAGACCAAGCGCCUCCUAUCUGAUUCCGAAGAGCGUCUCAAAGGCCGCGACUACCCCAUUGCCCAGGCAAGGGCAAGUAGGCGUACAUUGACAUGGUGAGUAUCGAGUGGGGGUCUCGUUACUUUAGUGAGUGCUCCUCACCGCCAGAACUUCCUACCGACGCGACCACUUCCUCUGACCGCUUUCAUCUGGGGAGCGUGCGGGUUCGGUGCGAGGCUCUUCACGGCGGAUUUCUCAAUGUCGAGCAGCGCAUCCACGAACGAUCCGCAGCCAAGGCUGACGACUUUGUCACCAAGAUGCUAAGUGCUGGCGUGGAGGGACCGAAGAAGAACAUCGAGUGGGUGUACGCCGCCGAGUCGGCCGAGCCCAACUGA